AUGCGACUAACACGCGCCAUUUCUCUCACCAACUUCAUGGUCGCCACCUCCGCGCUCGGCUUCCAAGUGUUUGUGCUGUACCCCUGGCACAAAGAGCUGGACGCCGGCUUCGAAGACCUCAAGAAGGAACAUCUCAAGGUCCUCGAUGUAGUCGGAAAGAGCAUCUCGGAACAGCAGCGAAAGACUUUUACCAACAAGUUCAACGAGCUGAAGCAGGAAAGCGCUCGACGAUGGUGGUGGAUGUAA